AUUAUUUCUGUUGCCCCGGGGUCUUAUGCUAUAUUUAUUUCUUUAUAAUCAUGCCCUUAUUUUUUAAAUAUUCUGCCCUUUUUUUUACUAGCCCACUUGCCAUGCAUGGUCUUUUAUAUUGCCUAAGCUUUUUAUUUAGCGCGCGAGUUCCAGUUUCCCCAUUUUUUGUUAAAUUUUAAACUUGCUCUGCCAUUUUCAUGUUCCAUUCUUUUUGCCAAAUCAUCCAUUCCAUGUGCCAUAUCCAUUUUCAGCCCAAAAGCAUAUUCUCCAUUAUCAUAUGUUGUUUCCAUUUUCUGUUGUUCAUAUUCUCCAUAUUCUUUUCAUUCCAUUUUCUGCCCAAGAGCCUCAGGAUCGCCAAAGCAUCACUUCGGCAUCCGGUGCUACCAGUUGAGUGGAAUCAUGCUGGGUCCAUUCUGUCAAAUAUACCUAGGCACUAUUACCAUUAUAUUCCCUAA